AUGCGGGAGAUUGCUUUCAUUGCUGACAGCUUUAGCCCUCAACCGCAUCCCAACUUGAAUUUGGACUUAGUGCAGGCCAAACUUGAUGCAUUGCUGUUCGAUGACGAUGCCUAUCAGUGGAUCUACGAGAGGUUUAAGCUUGUGCCGGCGGGGCAUUUCAAUGUUGACAAGUAUUGCACCAUCUUUGUCAAGGGAGUUGUGAAGAGCCUGUACAAUGAGCACGUGCUUUCCUCGCUGGAUGUCGUGGAGGAGAUCGAGCUGAAGACGGAUAGUGUUUGCAAAAGCAUGGCAGAAGCCGUGCUGAACAGUGGUAUCCCAGAGGGGACCUCUGCCAGCACGACUUUGCCAGAAGAUGCAUGGGACUUGCUAGGCCUUGGUGCCGCAGAUGGUAUGAAUGAUCGGGAACUUCACAUCAAGAACGGCCAGGUUUGCCUGUUGACGGGUGGAGACUAUAUGAGCGCCAAACGGCGCUAUGCCUUAGAGAACCGUGAAGCACAUCGAGCACAAUGGCGGCAACAAGCAGAGCAGCGCUUGGCCAAGGCCGAAUCUCGACGUGGAGGCGUUGAGAAAGCUGCGGCAGAAUCAGGUGUGAUGAAGACGCAGAAGUUUACCUGGAGCAAGGAUGGUGCAAAGUCUUUCGAAUGGAGGAAGAUCUAUCAUGCCUUGGUUGGAGUAGUGGGUCCAGGUGAAGGUGGCUUGCUCGCUGAAGCUCUGAUUACACCGACGUCUAUGAGGAUGUACACGGACCAUCGCGUGAUGGGCCAGGUGGUUCUGCCCGGUGUGUCGCACGUCUCGCUGAUGGCUGCCACCGCAUCUCUGGGCUUUCCAAGCCCUGGAGGUGGUAUGGGUGACUGGCACAUCUCGGUGAAAGAGGUGCUCUUUGAGCGUCCCUACAUCGUCCACAGCGGGGCUGAUCUCAUUGCGGCCAUCGCGAAUGGUGUGGACCCUUCGACGGUCCAGGCAAUGGCCGGUGGCUUGCCAAUUCCGAUGACACCGGUGGGUGUCCCCACAACCUAUUGCCGUGCUACCAAUGUCACCAAGGAGAGGGGCAUCAUCAAAUCGACCAUGGACUGGGCCAAGUGA